AUGGAGUUCCGACAGGACAGAUUAAAGGCGGUCACUGCCAAGGCUCUCGGCAAACUAUAUGGAGCUCUUGAGAAGAAGCAGGAGAACGGAGAGACCAUCGAGUUGUCCGCAGAGGGUCGUCCGGAGAUCGUGGAGGAGAAGGAGCUGCCUGUCAUUGACUGCACGUGUUUUGGGUUGCCACGACGAUACAUCAUCGCCAUCCUCUCCGGCAUCGGCUUCUGCAUCUCCUUCGGCAUCCGCUGUAACCUCGGCGUGGCCAUCGUGAGCAUGGUCAAUGAGCACACGGUCUUCAGGGAUAACAAGCAGUACAUAGAGAAAGCUGAGUUCGAGUGGGACCCCGAGACUGUAGGAAUGAUUCACGGUUCCUUCUUCUGGGGUUACAUCGUGACUCAGAUCCCGGGAGGGUUUAUAUGUCAGAAGUUUGCAGCCAACAGAGUGUUUGGCUUUGCUAUAGUGGCCACUUCCUGCCUGAACAUGCUCAUCCCCUCAGCCGCCAAGGUCCACUUUGGCUGCGUCAUCCUCGUCAGGAUCUUUCAAGGACUCGUGGAGGGAGUCUCGUACCCGGCCUGUCAUGGGAUUUGGGCAAAAUGGGCGCCGCCUCUUGAAAGAAGCCGUUUGGCAACGACAGCUUUCUGUGGGUCUUAUGCUGGAGCUGUGAUUGCCAUGCCUUUAGCGGGGGUCUUGGUCCAGUACACAGGAUGGUCAUCUGUUUUCUACGUUUAUGGGACUUUUGGGAUUCUGUGGUACUGCUUUUGGAUCCUGGUGUCUUACCAGAGUCCAGCCGCUCACCCCACCAUCACAGAGGAGGAGAGGACGUACAUCGAACAAAGUAUAGGAGAAACAGCUCAGCAAUCGAUCACAAAAUUCAACACUCCCUGGAGAGCGUUCUUCACGUCCAUGCCUGUGUACGCCAUUAUUGUGGCCAACUUCUGCAGAAGCUGGACCUUUUACCUGCUUCUCAUCAGCCAGCCGGCUUACUUUGAGGAGGUGUUUGGAUUUGAGAUCAGCAAGGUCGGUAUUGUUUCUGCUCUUCCUCACUUGGUAAUGACCAUCAUCGUCCCGAUCGGAGGACAGAUAGCCGACCAUCUCCGAUCAAAUCACAUCAUGACCACGACCAAUGUUAGAAAACUCAUGAACUGUGGAGGUUUCGGGAUGGAGGCCACGCUGCUGCUGGUGGUGGGCUUCUCUCACACCAAGGGAGUGGCCAUCACGUUCCUGGUGCUGGCCGUGGGCUUCUCUGGUUUUGCUAUUUCAGGUUUCAACGUGAAUCACUUGGAUAUCGCUCCACGCUACGCCAGUAUCCUCAUGGGCAUCUCCAACGGCGUGGGCACUCUGUCUGGAAUGGUCUGCCCUCUGAUUGUAGGGGCCAUGACAAAGCACAAGACGCGUGAGGAGUGGCAGGGCGUGUUCCUCAUCGCUUCCUUGGUCCAUUAUGGAGGAGUCAUAUUUUAUGGUCUCUUUGCGUCAGGAGAGAAGCAGGCGUGGGCAGAGCCAGAGCAGACCAGUGAUGAAAAGUGUGGCAUUCUGGAUGAGGACGAACUGGCCAAUGAGACGGAGGAGCUGUACCGGACCAGUGGAGGAUAUGGAGCCAUGGACCAGGGAGCGGACCCCAACGGAGGAGCGCCUGUGUCCAGAGGGGGCUGGACGGCAGACUGGGACAAAACAGAGGAGUACGUACAACCAGAAGCCAAUAACUACCACACAGGAGAGCAGGCGUCCACAUAA